CUCAACACACAGAUCUCCCAUCAGCUGAGGAGCGGCGGCAACUCCGACGGCAUCUGAAGCAUCCAGAUGACUGACUGAUCUGCAGUCAGCUGGGGAAACAAAUGUAAAAAGGCAUUCGACGGCACUGGUGAAGGCGUAGGAGAGGUCGUGAAGAGUCUUCAAAGGCAAAUCAGCAAUCAGUAGAGACAGUGAGAGGACAGGGCUCUGCUCCUGCAGGACUCUGCACACUCUGAGGCUGACCCUCAGAGCACUUUCUCUCUCCAAAAACAAAGGCGCCUUCUCUCCUGAAGAAGCUCAGCUAUGGAGGAGACUCUCACCUGUAGACGAAGCCCUUUCUCCCAGGUGUUUGGGCGUCAGGGUCAGCUCAUGCAAGCCACUGUGCAGUCUUUGAACAGCCUGAAUGACCAGAUCGCGAGCUUCAUGGUGACUCGACCCAAGCCCCUGGAGCAGGCGGAGCAGACCUUUCCUCCUCCGGAGAAGGAGACGCUGCACAAGUCCAUGAACCUGAUGAGGCACCUCCUCGCUGAUGCUCAGGCAAAAAUCCUGAAAAUGAUGGAUGACAACAAGCAAUUAGCCCAGCGCAUCGAUGGGGCCAUUCAGUCAGCCAGCCAGGAGGUGACCAACCUCAGGUCCGAGCUGAGCGCCACCAGCCGCAGACUGGCCGAGCUGGGAGCCACAGACUCCUCCACCAGCAUGCUUGAGACCCUGCAGCACAACCACAACGAUCCCUCUGCUCACCCAAAGCAGAAGCCACCAGCCGCAGACCUCUGCUACAAGACAGAAAUCAGCAGUCUCAUGGACUUCAACUCUCCGGAUGCCUCACUGGACAAAGUUCUGCUGCGUGAAGAGGUGGCCCAGCUCCAGGAGGAGGUGCACCUGUUGCGCCAGAUGAAGGACAUGUUGAGUAAGGACUUGGAGGAAACCCAGGGAGGAUGCUCGGCUGACGUGCUCUCCGCCACUGAGCUCCGUGUCCAGCUGGCCCAGAAGGAGCAGGAGCUGGACCGAGCCAAGGAGGCUCUGCAAGCCAUGAAGUCGGACCGUAAGCGCCUCAAGGCGGAGAAAGCCGACCUGGUGAACCAGAUGCAGCAGCUUUAUGCCACACUGGAGAGCCGUGAGGAGCAGCUCCGUGACUUCAUACGCAACUAUGAACAGCACAGAAAAGAGAGCGAGGACGCAGUGAAGGCUCUGGCCAAGGAGAAAGACCUCCUGGAGAGAGAGAAGUGGGACCUGCGACGGCAGACUAAGGAAGCCACGGAGCACACGGGGAUGCUCCGCUCUCAGCUCGACCUCAAAGAGAACCGCAUCAAGGAGCUGGAGGCUGAACUGGCCAUGAUGAGUAACUGUGUCAAUCAGAGAAUGGAGUUCCGGGUGUUUGAGCGGCAUGGAGACAGGGACUUCUCUCCUAGGGUCAUGGCGGCCAAACAGUCACUCGCCACCUUGACCAAGGACGUGCCCAAGCGCCACUCUCUAGCCAUGCCCACGGAGGCCGUCGUCAACGGCAACAACCAGGAGUGGGUGAUGCAGGCCGAUCUCCCCCUGACUGCCGCCAUCAGACAAAGUCAGCAGACCCUGUACGUCCACACAGGGCAUCCCACUGACAGGCAAGUGGCUGCCGUGCGGCUGAGCCCGUGCCAUUCACGUCAGCCCUCUAUCAUCUCCGAUGCCUCUGCGAUGGAGGGAGAUAGGUCGUCCACUCCCAGUGACAUCAACUCACCACGUCAUCGGACUCACUCCCUCUGCAAUUCCCUAGAAGAUCUGGAGGAGGCGAAGCGGAAGAAGAAGAAAGAGAAGAUAGGGUUGGGCUCACUGUCGCGUGUCUUCGCCCGGGGAAAGCAGCGCAAGUCUUUGGACCCCGGUUUAUUUGAUGACUCAGACAGCCUCUCCAGCUCCACCCGGCUCAGCCUGGGCCUCUCCGACGGCUCAGAGGACCAGCUGGACCGGCUCCAGCAGGUGGAGCUGGCCAGGACCACGCCCAUGUCUCAGUGGAGGGCGGGCACUGUGCAGGCCUGGUUGGAGGUUGUCAUGGCAAUGCCCAUGUAUAUUCGCACCUGCUCAGAAAAUGUCAAGAGCGGCAAGGUUUUGCUAGGACUAACGGAUGAAGACCUUGAGGUGGGUUUAGGUGUCAGCAGCUUAAUGCAUCGCCGAAAACUCCGCCUGGCCAUUGAAGAUUACAGAGAUGCUGAGAAUGGCAAAAGGCUGUCCAAGGCUGCAGAUAUGGACCACCACUGGGUGGCCAAGGCCUGGCUAAGCGACGUGGGCCUGCCUCAGUACUCCCAGGCCUUUCACACUCAUCUGGUGGACGGCCGCAUGCUUAACUCCCUCACACGUCAUGACCUGGAAUGCCACCUCAACAUAACCAAGAAGUUCCAUCAGGUCAGCCUGCUGCUGGGCAUCGAACUCCUCCACUUACUCAAAUUUGAAAAGGAGGCGCUGCAGGCUCGACGGAUACAGUGUGAACACCAGAACGUGGAUCCAUUGGUGUGGACGUCUCACCGGGUCAUGAAAUGGAUCAGAGACAUUGAUCUCAAGGAGUACGCCGACAGUCUCCUGAACGGCGGAGUUCACGGAGCCGUCAUGGUGCUUGACCCUACUUUCAACACUGAUGCCAUGGCAACAGCGCUUGGGAUCCCCAGUAACAAGCACAUGGUUCGCAGACACCUCGUUGAGGAGAUGAAGACGCUAACUGGCCCGGCCAGCAGAGUGGAUGUGAAACAGGACUAUGAGCGUUCGGGCCUGGGCACCCCCCCAGUCCUGCUUCGCCAAAACUCUGCGGGCAGACCGCCCAGCUCUAACGGUCGACACACUGAAGAAGACAGCUCGCUGAGAAGAAGAGCUGUCAAGCCUCCAACAGGGUUAAGUCCCAAGAACCGCAGUGGGCGGGACCUGAGUUGCCACAGCACCUACGGCUCCCUGCCUCGGGAAGGCAGAGACCACACUCCGCCCAGAGCCGAGGGCAGCCCCAUCCGGGGCUACGCCAGCAUCGAAGUCACCAACGUGUGAGACCAGUACAGCUAAAACCACCGUACCACAGACGUUUGUCAUCCAUGUGGACCUCAACACGGACACUCUUAUUCUGAGCCUUCAGAGGACAGAUUGCACUUUGUAAAAAAAAAAAGGAACGGGAUUCUUUUUGUGAGCUUCCUGGUAAAUUGUGCACAUGUGGUAUUUUGAUCUUUUUGACAAUAAUUUUUCUUCCUCAAUGCCAGACUCUAGAGACAAAGAAGUCAAGCUACAUUAUUCAUGUACUAUUCUGUGUGUGCAACUCAGGAUGUGAGUCUCUGAUUUGCUCCGACAGACAGACUGUUCCUCUGAGGGGCAAUAAGGUUUUAAAUAGCCUCUUUGUGUUAUACAGGGUACUUUAAGAUAUUAAAAAGAUGUUACAUAUCAGUGCAAAAUGCUCUUGUUUUGUUGUUUUGUUUCGCUCUCAUAUUUGUGAUGCCUUGACAAAUGGCUGAGGACAAAAAAAAGGAAGUUAUUGUUCAGUGUUUUUUCCAUCUUGCACAUUUAAUUUGUUGAGUCUGAAUAAAUGUAGCACCUCUCAUGGAGUUUUAUACUGUGCAGCAGUAAACAAUUUAUGUGAACAAUGCCGACAAAAGAUGACUGCUGCAAUGAAAAAGGAUGAGAGGUUAUUAAAAUGAAGAGAAAGACUUAUCAAAUAUAGAUGCCAUUUUAUUCCAUCAAUAUAAGUAUUUUUGUCAGAAUGAAAAUAUUUCGAUGUUUGGAUAAAAACAGAAAAGAAGCUGUGGAAAUAAA